AUGACGAUGAAUUACGAUUCAGAUGACGCCCGGAACGUCUCUCCGCCUCUCGAAAAACAGAAGAUCAUCUACGAACCGCGCGAGUCCCCGGCCCCCUUCCUCCCGGAUAAAAGUGAAAGCAACAGCCCGGUCGACAAGUCCAGGUCGAGGUCUUAUUCGAACCCGUCAGGUCAAGGACGUGACCCUCCCAAUGAACCCGAGAUUGCCUACAAGUCCAGACAAGCACCGCUGAGGCGGGAUUCCUCUUCUUGUUCCUCCACGGCUUCCGACCACACGAGCGGAGCUGAAGAAGGCAGUGUUCAGGGGCUGGAUAGCGUUGCGGAGGUUGAUAUGAAGAUGCAGAUGCGGAUGAGGAUGCAGAUGCAGAGGCAGAUGCAGCAUGACGGUACGUCGUCAGCUGGAGGAGGCGCAGCUGCCCGGAACAGCAACUUUAGCCAACCACUUCCGCGCCCUGAUAUUUCCAUGACCGAUCCUCCGAAUCCCUCGGCAGAUCCGCCAGUCACCAUGCACUCCUCUGCUAGCUCAAAGGAGGGAGCUCUAAACCCGGUCACCAGCAACAACAACAGCAACAAUAGCAAUAACAACACUACUACUCGCCUACCCUCGGUUGCCCAGAUAAUUUCAAAUCCUACCUCUCAAUCGCCGCUCUCCGCUUCGAUAUUCCAAGACUCGAGACCCAUGCUUGCAACUCCGCCUACUUUCAAGAAACUACAUACUUUCCCGCUAGAGUCUUCACGGGUACAGACCCUACCCGCUCUCAAUUCACCCCCGGCAACAAUCUCCGGAAACUCUCCUGAUGGCAGCAGCGCCGGAUGCCAGAGUCUACCCUCGUUCCGCUCAUCUUUCCCCUGCGAGAUCGUACCGGAGGUGCUCUCCAAGGACCACUUUCUUAAAAAUGGUGUGCCACAGCCGUCAUACCCAGCCGUCACAUCGUCUCCUCGCCAAUCAAAUCACAGCCACUCCCACAGCCACGGCCACAACUCGUCACAAUCACAUAUACGACGACUAUCAGAGCAAUUCUACCCUACACCUCUGCUAUCGUCCACAGCACCGACUCCGGCAUACUCACAGGCGUCUCCUCACAAGGCCUGCGAUAUCUCAAAUGCAUCCACUCCUUCCGCUAUCCACCAACAGCCUCCCUGGCCCGAACGACUAAAAAUGGAAUGUUCCAUGUCCCAGCCCCAUUCUCACUCCCAGUCUUUAUCUCAAUCCUCCUGUGAACCUGGCUCUCAGUACAGUGACACCCCAAGCACAGGCUAUCCUACCCCCACGGACCCAACCAGCCAAGAAAGCGUAGACGCGCACCAUGACCCUUCAACAGGCUCCCUUUCGUCGUCUGGAAUGUUCAAAUGUAACUACCCAGGCUGCGUCGCCCUACCAUUCCAAACCCAAUAUCUUCUCAAGUAA